AUGAAAAUCCUCGCGAUACUAACGGUAAUUUCAGCCGUUUUAUGUGCUUAUGUUAUCGCUCAACGUAAGUUUCCAUUUUUCUCCAAUUUCUUUAAAAAGGUAUCUGAAUUUUUAAGGAUCGCAACAAUCUGUAAUUGCCGAUUUGGGAAAAUUGAUUGUUGACAACUGUCCACCCAUGUUAUGUACUGGAUUGGAUUGUGCUGUUGUUACUGAAAGAAAUGGAUGUCAGGUUGGUAAAGUUUUGAAGUGGAGAAUCUGAAUCUGCACUAAUAUUCGGUCACUUCAAAGGCACAUUUGGAAAAAAUUAAUAGUGCAUUUAGGAUAUAUAAAAAUUUUGUUUUCUGACAAAAACUCCUUUUUCCAAAAUUCCUUUCAACAUUCAAAAAAUCUAUCGAAUCUAGAUAAUUUUUCUUUACACUUUUCACUUUCUGAUUUCACUAAACUAGCACUUUUUAUCAGUGAACUAUUUUGUAAUAAUAAAUAAGCAAAAUCCAAAUCGUAAUAACAAUUACAGUACUUUUUUCGUUCCACUUUCAAGUGUUUUUCGAUUGAAAUUUCGAAAAAACAGAAUAAAUAAGUACUUGAGAAUCCAGGAUGAACAAAUAUUUUGAAUACGUAAAUUGUAGACCGGUGGAACAACGCGCUGAACGUGUGAUUCAAAAAAUCAAAUUCCAAACAAAUAACAUCAGAUUUUUGAAUUUAAUUCCAAAAAUGAGUUUCAGUUGUGUGCGUGCCCAAUUGGUUCUCCAUCCCGUGGUUGCGAUCCAAUGCCAUUCAUUCUUUGGCACGAUUUGAUUGUUAAUGGUUGCCCAAAUGUUACUUUGAAUAGCCGUGAUCCAGCUCAAAAAGUUCAUCGAUGGUUCAGACGAGUUAAUCGAUUCACAAAUACUGAUCAAUGUGAACCAUACAUUUUCCCAUAUUGUCCAGAACUUGAUUUCAAUUUGUGGAGAUCACCAAGAACAAAACAGGUGUGUAAAAAAUUUCGUAAACUUUUUUCGUGGUUUUUAUCAAAUCUCAAUUUUCAGGAAUGCGAACUUUACUGCUAUUCAAUCGAUGAACAACGCAAACGUGGAAUCAUCUAA